AUGAGGAGGUUGCGGCUGCAGCAGCUCGCCGUCGUCGUGGCGGUACUGGCGUUAGUGGCGGCGGUGCGUCCGGCUGUGUGCCGGGAGCAGCAGAACAACGGUACGGUGGAGGUGGCAGGGGAGGAGAUGCGGAGUGCGAGGGCGACGGCGGUGAUCGUGUUCGGCGACUCCAUCGUGGACCCAGGGAACAACAACAACCUGCACACCCAGAUCAAGGCCAACCACGCGCCCUACGGCAAGGACUUCGACGGCCACGUCGCCACCGGCCGCUUCUCCAACGGCCUCGUGCCCUCCGACCUCGUCGCCCAGAAACUUCACGUGAAGAAGCUGGUUGCUCCGUGGCUCAACGUCGACCACACUCCGGAGGACCUCCUCACCGGAGUCAGCUUCGCCUCCGGCGCCACUGGAUAUGACCCCCUCACUCCAAAAAUCGUGAGUGUGAUCACGCUGGAGCAGCAACUGGAGUACUUCGAUGAGUACCGUGACAAACUGGUGGCCAUCGCCGGCGAGGAGGAGGCCGAGAGGAUCAUCGAUGGUGCCUUCUUUUUUGUGUGUGCCGGCUCGGAUGACAUAGCUAACACCUACUUCACAACACCGUUUCGGAGCGUCCAGUACGACAUCUCGUCCUACGUGGACCUCCUCCUCGUCGGUGUGGACAAGUUCCUCCGAAGCGUGAGUGCUCGCGGCGCCAAGAGGAUCGGCUUCGUGGGCCUCCCGCCCAUCGGAUGCGUGCCGUCGCAACGGACGGUCGGCGGCGGGUUGCAUCGUCAUUGUGAACCCAAGCGCAACUACGCAGCACAGCUCUACAACUCAAGGGUGCAGGAGCUGAUCGAAAGGAUGAAAGAGGAGCUCAACACCCGCAUAGUCUACCUAGGGAUCUAUGACAUCAUCCAAGAGCUCGCCGAGGAUGGGGAGCGUUGGGGCUUCACUGAGACGACCCACGGGUGCUGCGGGACCGGGCUCAUCGAGGUGACGAAUCUCUGUGACUCUAGGUUCAUGGCGGUGUGCGACGACGUAUCCAAGCAUGUCUUCUUCGAUAGCUUCCAUCCCACGCAAAGGGCAUACAAGAUCAUUGUCGACAACAUCUGGGACACCUAUGGACACCUCUUGUAA